GACAAUGCAGCACUUCAGUCUUGGGUUUAGGAAACAGCAGGGAGCACAUGCGCAGUAGGCGCUCGAAGGGGAUCUGCAGCAGGAUUUUUUGCAAUUGCAAAGCGAACUUUGGGAUUGGGGUUGCUGUUUAAUCCGGGUUUAGGAUGAGGGGCAGAGACCCGGAGCCUUCUGCAGAUUGCACCCUCAGCCACCCGGGGGCGUCUUUCUCUGCUACUGCCUCCUUGCACCAGGAUUCUAGGGUCAAUCCAGCAUUAAUUGAGGUUUGAUGCAGGUUUAGUCCAAGCUUCAUCAGAGGCUGGUCCAGGGUUAGUCUGAGAUUGAUGUAGGGUUGGUGUGGGGUUAGGCUGGGGAAUGCCCUAAUGCCUUUCUCUGUCCCCGCCCCCUUGCAGUAAGACUCUGGGGUUAGUCCAGGGUUACUUGGGGGUUGAUGUUGGGUUAGACCAGGGUUGAUCUGAAGUGAGUUUGGGGUUGGUACAGGGGUUGAUGUGGGGUGUGUCUGGGGUCAAUCCAGGGUUGAUGUGAGGUUAGUCCACGAUUGACCCAGAGUUAGUUCAGGUUUGAUCUGGGGUUGUUGUAGGGGUUGCUGUGGUGUUAGUCCUGGGUCAAUCUAGGGUUGGUGUGGGGUUAGUCCUGGGUUACUUGGGGGCUGAUGUGUGACUGCUCUGGGAUUGACACAGGGUUAGUCCAAGGUUGAUCUGAGGUUAGUCUGGGGUUGGUGCAGGGGUUGAUGUGGGGUUAGUUCAGGGUUAUUCUGGGGUUAGGAUAUAAGGGUCUCUGCGGAGACAGCCUUUGAGUUUUGGGGGUCCCCAUAAAGGCAGCCAUGGAGCUGGAUGUCCGCUGCUUUGAGGAGGACUCUGAGGGGGACCUGGACUUCCGACUCUGCCCCUGGGAGGAUGGUGGCCGUGACGUCUGGCACAAGUUUGAGCUUCUGCUGCCCAGCCCACCUGCCUCACCUCUGAUGGACCCUGGAAGACAAGAGGAGGAGGAGGAAGAAGGGUCCAAGUGGGGUAACCUGAGCGCCUUCGUCCUCCGCGACUGCAUGUGGAGCGCCGGCAAGGGCCUCUCUGCCCCAACCAGCAUGCCCAGCAGUGCCACUGCCCCCCACGAGCCUGGCCUAGGGGGGCUCUGUGUGGCCCCCGCAGCUGUCUUCACCUGGCCUUCUGCAGAAAGAGGGGGUACCACAGAAGGGAAGCCCCUGGCCUCAUCUGGCUCAGAGAGCCAAAGCGACUCUGAGGGAGAAGAAAUUGAUGUGGUGACCGUGGAGAAACGGCAGUCGCUGAGCAUGAGGAAGCCAGUCACCAUCACAGUCCGAGCAGACCCCUGGGACCCCUGCAUGAAGCACUUUCACAUUGCCAUCCACCAGCAGCAACACAAUUACGCCGCCCGGUCCCCUCCUGAGGUUUCCUCUCGGGAAGUUGCCUCGGAGAAAAGCACCCAAGAAGAGGAGGAGGAGGAAGAAGAAGAGGAGGAGGAAGAUGAAGAGGAUGAAGAUGCCAACUCUAGAGAUGAUGGGGGCUCACGGUGCCUGGGUCAAGUGGCAGAGAGUUCCUCUCUCAACUCUUUCCUCCUGAAACCCGGGAACGCUCCCAGCUCGGACGGUGAGGACCUUUCCAAGCGGAGGAACCACAACUACUUGGAGCGCAAGCGACGCAAUGACCUCCGCUCCCGUUUCCUGGCCUUGAGGGACCAGGUGCCGGGCCUGGCCACCUGCCCCAAGACCCCCAAAGUGGUGGUCCUCAGCAAAGCCUCGGAGUACCUGCAGUCCCUGCUGAAGGCCGAGCAGGAGAUGGUGGCUGAGAAGGCACUGCUGAAGCGGCACCAGCGCCAGCUCCUGAAACAGAUCUCCCACCUCAAGGGGGUCCGCUGAACCGCCGGGGACUCCAAGGACUCCUCUCUGCCCUGAUCUGCACUUUCAAUGUUUGUUUGCAGGACCUUGAAAGGACUCCACAUCCCAAAAUGCACUCCACCUGGUGCACCCAUGUGGCAUGUCCCCACUUUUCUAUUUUCCUACUUGCAACUCCUAAUUUCAUUUGUUUUGAUAAGGAAAGGUAGGAGAUGAAAUGAGACCAAAGGCCCAUGUGUAACCACCAAACCCCAAUCUGCAGCCCCAAUCCCUUCUUCAAAUAUUUUUCUGGGCAAUUUUGAGGCAAUUCCCCAUCCAAACCUCAUCCUAAAUACACCAAUACUGCAAGUGGGGUAAUUCCUUUGUGUCUGGAAACUAGACACCAGUGUUGAUGGGAAGCGAUGUGGUGCCACUUUCAGGGCGCUGCAAUGUGCGGGUGUGGCUCAAAGGGAAAUGUGGGGGUAACAGUUGGCACCCUCCAACCCUUGCAAUGUUGCUCACCCCAACUAUAACUGUCAUUGCUGGAAGUCUCUUCCAGCCUAGGCAUUGCUGUGGGUUUCAGAAGAAGGGUUCAGGAAUGAUUUCUGUUCAGGUUGGGGGCAACACAGGCUGCAACACAGGAACCCAAGGAAUUUGCAGUUUAGGAAAGACUAUUUGGAGUUCUCAUCCUGAGCUUCUCCAGAGCCUCACCAAACUACAAAUCCCAUAAAUCAAUAGGCUGCAAAGUGUAUACUCUGUAAUUGUGUAACAUGAAUUAGACUUGCGUCUUCAAGUGAGCAAAGAGACCUCCCUUGUGGGGUGUGGUAUCUCACAACACAGGCAGGCUCCUGAUAAAGGGCCCCAGAUUCACUGCCUUCAAAGCAAUGCCUCCAGAUGUUUUUGUUGGAUUGCAACUCCCAUCAGUCAUCACGCAUGGUGACUGCUGGAACUUGGGAGUCCAACAAUAGCUGGAGGGGGCUGACACAAUUCCCUCUCCUGACUUAAGGCCUUGUUGUUUUUCAGGGUCUACACCAACAUGUUGCUCACCUGUGUAGCUCUGCAAUCAGCAUAGCCAUUUGUGAGGAAUGCUGGGAGCUGUAGUCCAACGCAGUGGUGACCAAUAGCUCCCAUGUCAGUCAGGGUGGUGAAUCCACACCAGACUUUGGAUAGGCUUAAAGGAGCCAUCUGUGGUGUUGACCCAAAGCAGACUCAUACAUCCCUUCAUGGAAGCCAAUGGGUGCCAGAGGAUAUACCCUUAUGGCUGAGAUGAUAUUUUUCAUGCUCCCUGCUCAUGAAAAAAAAUGCCCAAUCCACCAGGUAUAGGUUCCUUUCAAGAGGGCAAGUGGUGAAGAAAAUGGAGAUGUGUGUCUUGGGUUCUAAAUCUGCCCCCUUCCCUUUCCUCUCAUGGCCAGUCAUGGUCUGCCUUUAAAAUAAAACCGUCCCCUCUCUCCAAAUAUUCCUUCACUGAGAAUGCACUGAGAUCACCUUGGAUUUGAUUUUUACCUCAUUCUUAUUUUAUCCACUUCAAAGACAACACAAGUUCCUUAUCUUGGGGUUUAUAUAUUGUUUUUGUAUCUCUUGGAAUCCGUUGUUAUGACUGUCUUGAUUCUUUAUGCUGGGUGUCUUUUUUAAAUAUAUAUACAUGCAGAGACUGUAUUUUUAUACUUUUUUAAGGCAUUGUUUUGUAAAAAGGAGGGGGGGGGAAUCCCUUUCGCUGCCUAAGUUCCUUCUGUUUGUGUAUUUUAAAACAACUUCUAAGUGAGGGGAUGAGUCACAAUAAACUCCAGCAGGCAAACAACUGGUUCUGGCCAACUGGGAGGACUGGAAAUUCUCCUCUUAGGAGGUUUAGGAACUGGAGCCAACUUCCAGCAAUGGGAAUAAUAUACGUUUGAAGGGGAAGCCUCUCUUUCUUUGCAAGUAUGGGGAAUCUUCCUAAAAAUGUAUCUAAAUAGGGUCUUUCUCUCCUUGUUCUAGCUCUGUGGUUCUCGCCUGAAAAUGAGACUUUAAAAAAUGAGAAGCUGGUCACGCAAAGAAUGACUGUUUGGUGUUUCUUUUCAUUAAAAAUCCAAAACUGGUCACGCAAUGAAUGACUUUUCGGUCUUUCUUUCAAUUAAAAACGAGAAACUGUUUGUGCAAAGA